AUGGGGCCCCGAAGGGCAAGUUCUGCAUUGGUUAUAUUAGAGGAAACAUCUCAAGUAGUUGCCUUUACAGGGCGAGUCGUUGCAGAACUCCUAACUCCUACUGCUCUAGCUUAUUGGCUAAGCGGGCCCGGGCGGGAUCACAUUUGCACGGAAUCUUUUACAUCUGCUGAGGUCGAGAAAUUACAAGCUGUUCUUCUUCAGAAUUUAAAGAUUGAGUCUAGCCGGAAUGUUAAAAAUUCAGGUAAAGAUCAAUCUAUAAUCCGUAUACCAAGACGAGAGGUAGCCAAAGUGCAAGAACCUGUUAAGCCGCAUAUCCCUUCAAUGAUGGCCUCUAGGUUAGGCUUAACUUGGAGGGUGAAUUCACAGGGGCAGAUUAGAGGGUAUGGUACGGUUUCUGACUCUUCAGGCAAACAAACCCCUAAGCUGCCGGGCCGUACCCUUAUCAGGCUCCUGCUGCCGGGCCGUACCCUUAUCAGGCCCGGCACCGGGUCGUCCAACCCGUUGGGUCAGACCGCAGCCGGCACCGGGCUUAGCAAGGCUCAAAAGGCUGCUAUUGUGUUUCCUGAUGAAAACCUGGAAGUUAUUUAUGGAAUUGUAGGAGCAGCUCCUCUUCUUAAAAUACGGAAAGGGGGAUAUCAAUCUUACGCAUUCGCUACGUUUGCUCUACCUCUUUUUACUACACUUUUCCAACAUCGUGAAGUUGACGGAAAAAUUGUUCAAGUUAUUCCUUCUAAUAUUGGUGAAUUAUUCACAGCUAGAGCUCUAGCUUAUUGGCUCUCCGGUGACUCGAGCUUCAAUAAACGAGAUUGUUGCAUACAAAUUACUACGGACUCUUUUACUCUUUCCGAGGUUGACCUGUUACGAUCUCUUCUUUUGGAUCAAUUGAAUAUUGAAUCGACUCGGAACGCUAAUGGUAAGGGUCAAGAUCAGUACAUAAUAAGGAUACCUAAGCGCGAAGUUCCUAAAGUACAAGAAUUAGUUGAACCUUUUAUGCCUCAUUCAAUGCGGUAUCGUGUUGGGCUUUAA